GUAGGUACUUAGAGGAAUCUCAGAGAGGGCAUGCACUGUAUAUUAACCUGCGCAUGAGACAGACUGGUUUUUUUCUUCAUUAUUCCUUUCAAGGGCUAUUUCUUACACCUGUUUUUCCCCCUGGGCGCCUGUCUGAGGGCAGAGUAUGUAGAAAAUGCUCAGUCAGUAUGUACCAAUUAAGGUAGCUUUACAUGACUCCAGGGUUGGUAGUUGUGUCUUUGUGAGUGACUUUAUUAUUUGUUGGUGCUACUGUGCUUCUGUUCGUCUGGAAAGUUCCCCAAGUGGGUUGCCCCUUACAGUGGCAGAGUAGAAGCCUCCAGGGAUGGAAGAUGAGCUUGUCGUGUUGUGGGACUGUAUUUCCCUGGCUGACGAAGGUUGAGCCCUUGCAGCUGGUGAUGGAAAUUGGUUGGCCAAUUUAUUAUUUACUUCAGCCCAGCAGAAUUCUGAGUAGGCUGGCAACAGUCUGCUGCUAAGUGACUCACAGACAGCUGACACAGACUUCUUGGUUAUCUUCUGAGCUGCUGUGUUCUACUGCACAGUGCUGGGCACAGCCUUACCUAACUAAACUCCAGCUGGCACUCUGUUCCACUGCUUUCUGUACAAGACACAGACACCAACAGAACCAAAGUAAGGGUAGCAAGAACCACUCAGCAAUGUCAGCAGAAGUAGAGACUUCUGAAGGGGUAGAUGAGUCGGAGAGAAAGAAACCUGUGGCCCCAGAAAUGGAAAACCAUAUCAGAAUGCCUGACCUCUCCGAGCUCCUGAAGGAAGGGACCAAGGAAGCACAUGACCGGGCAGAAAACACCCAGUUUGUCAAGGACUUCUUGAAAGGCAACAUUAAGAAGGAGCUAUUUAAGCUGGCCACAACUGCACUUUACUUCACAUACUCGGCCCUCGAGGAGGAAAUGGACCGAAACAAGGACCACCUAGCCUUUGCCCCCUUGUACUUCCCCAUGGAGCUGCACCGGAAGGAGGCACUGACAAAGGACAUGGAGUAUUUCUUUGGUGAAAACUGGGAGCAGCAGGUGAUGUGCUCUGAGGCUACCCAGAAGUAUGUGGAGCGGAUCCACUAUGUGGGGCAAAAUGAGCCAGAGCUGCUUGUGGCCCAUGCAUAUACCCGCUAUAUGGGGGACCUUUCAGGGGGACAGGUGCUGAAAAAAGUGGCCCAACGGGCCCUGAAGCUCCCCAGCACAGGGGAGGGGACCCAGUUCUACCAGUUUGAGAAUGUGGACAAUGCCCAGCAGUUCAAGCAGUUCUACCGGGCCAGGAUGAAUGCCCUGGAUCUGACCCUGAAGACCAAAGAGAGGAUCGUGGAGGAAGCUAACAAGGCCUUUGAGUACAACAUGCAGAUAUUUGAUGAACUGGACCAGGCUGGCACCACGCUGGCCAGAGACACCCUGGAAGAUGGGUUCCCUGUGCAUGAUGGGAAAGGAGACAUCAGUAAAUGUCCUUUCUAUACUGCUCAACAGGACAAAGGUGCCCAGGAGGGCAACACCUGCCCGUUCCGGACAGCCAUGAGUGUGCUGAGGAAGCCCAGCCUCCAGUUAAUUCUGGCCGCCAGUGUGGCCCUGGCAGCUGGACUCUUGGCCUGGUACUACAUGUGAAGGACCUGUCACGCCAUACUGGCAUCCCUCCUCCCAAGUGACCACUGCCCACCCCUACCUCCACUUAUCGACUACCACCUCAGGUGACUUUUUAAAAUGCUGGGUUUGAGAAAACAAAUAACCAAUAAAAAAGCCAGAUGCCAGAGCCUCUGCCUGAUGGCAUCUUCUCUGCAGGCCCUAUGCACAGCACGACAGGGCAUGCCUGGCCUGGGCCUCUCAAUCAGCUUUGCUCCAAAGCUCCUGAACCUCUUGGGCCCCCACACACAUUCUCUUCAUUCUUGUCUUCAUAGUACGUGGGGAGCUAUCCUUGUCCUGUUAGAAGUGAGCAGCCAGCAUGCCAAGGUUCAGGGGUGGGGGUAUCCUGCCAAAUGAUGCUGCUCAAUUUCUGGGUCUCUGAGCCUCUCAGGAGCUUGUGGAUGGGCAGAGCUAGGCUUCUCUGCUUCUGCAGCCCUAGAAAUUCAUCCCUCUCAACUAGGAUGCUCAUGAGGUCUACUCACCUGGGCUGUCCCCUCUAACCUGUAUAAACCCUAUAGCACUCAAUAAAAUGGACUCUGCAUAUA